AGAGCUUGUUUUUUCAUAUUAAUUUCCCAGCUUAUACAGUUAGCAGAGGUUUUGCAAAUUGCAAGACAGACGCAGGUGAUAGAUGGCAGGGCGCGAAUCAGGCGAUGGGAACUCUAGAACAUUCUUCGUGGCGGUGCACGUCGGCGCUGGAUACCACGCGCCGUCGAGUGAGAAGCCUCUUCGCCUCGCCAUCAAACGCGCUUGUCUUGCCGCUGCUUCUGUUCUACAAAAGGAUACAAAUGGAUGUUUUGAUGCUGUUGUUGCUGCUAUUCAAUCCCUAGAGGAUGAUCCGAGCACGAAUGCUGGACGAGGUUCUAAUUUGACUGAAGACGGUUGUGUGGAGUGUGAUGCUAGCAUUAUGGAUGGGCGUUCGGGAGCGUUUGGGGCAGUUGGAUCCGUGCCAGGUGUUCGUAAUCCGAUUCAGAUUGCUGCGUUGUUGGCGAGGGAGCAAAUGUCAGGUUCAUUGUUGCUUGGUCGAAUUCCUCCCAUGUUCUUAGUUGGUGAGGGUGCUCGAAAGUGGGCACAGUCUAGGGACAUUGAUCUUGAAGGAUCUUCGGAAGAACGUGAUAAGUAUUUGGUGACAGAAAAGGCACUAACCCAGUGGAAGAAGUACAAGGCAAUGCUUCAUAAUGCUAAAGCUGCUUUAAAUGUAUCAAAAUCAGCAGAGGUUAAAGCAUAUGAUUGCUCAAAACUUAAUCAGGUCAGUGAGCAGUCGUCUGUGCUAAGUACACUGGAGGAGGACUGCAUUAUGGAUACGGUUGGGGUAAUUUGUGUUGAUUGUGAAGGAAACAUUGCAUCUGGAUCCUCAAGUGGUGGUGUUGCACUGAAGGUUAGCGGGCGUGUGGGGGUAGCAGCAACAUAUGGAUCUGGCUGCUGGGCAUCUUCUAAGGGUCCAUUUGGUUCUCCUUACAUUGUCGGUAGUUGUGUUAGUGGUGCUGGAGAAUAUCUUAUGAAAGGAUUUGCUGCUCGUGAAUGCUGCAUAUCAUCAUCACUCUCACAAUCAGGUCCGAUAUCUGCCUGUACAAAAGUUCUACAGUCUGUUGAUGAAAUGAGCAGUAGAAACGACAUAGACCAGAGUUCAGGUGUUCUAUUAGUGCAAGCAGAUACACAGAUAAUGGCUCCUGGUAAUUCAUCAAUGCUGAGGGCUGUUGAGAUUGCUGCUGUAUACACUUCCUUGUCUUUUGGAAUAGGUUAUUUCGGAGGUUCAAUGAAGCGGCCCAAGGCUACAAUUCUUAGGAGCGCAAAACAGCAAAUUGGGUGUAGGGUAAAUCAGUUUGCUGCACGUAUUGAUCUAACUGAUGGAAAGCCAUCAUAGCUGUUCUAAAGACAGGAGAGCUGGAUCAGUUGUUAUAAACCCAUCUGCACCUAAUUUACACUACUACAUAUUUUUUUGGCGGCGUGAGGGGUGAUUUAAAUUUUACCGAACUUUAAAAACUGGGUUGGAGCGAUAUUCAUACUAAAAAUAUACUUAUGUAGCCCCUUGAAAUUUGAAAGUUGUGAAAAAUAUUAUGUUACAGAGUUGGUGAAAUUUCAAUGCAUAAUUUUGGCAGAGUACGCUGUACAUUAUCAAAGUGUAUAUUCAUCUAUUUUUUCCUUAA